AUGCCGCCGGGGCCGGCCCCGGCGGAGGCGCGGCGGCGUACGACGUGUCAUGGUGUGGUGGGGGUCAGAAGCGAGAAGGGGGUGCGGGUUGUGGUUGCCGCGUCCGGGUACUCGGUUGCAGAGGGAGGCAGGCGGGCGGGCGCUCGGUCGGUCGGUCUGUUGCUGGUCGGCAGGCAGGAACCAGAAGCAAAAAGGGAUGAAGCGACACUCUCUAACUCAAAACUGUCAGAUCAGGAGGGCUGCAAUUGUACCAAGGCAGCGAAGGCAAGAGGACACAAAACUCGGCUCAAUACACAGACACGUCUAUCACGGCGUUGCUCUCGUUUCCACGCUUCACCGCUCCACGCUUCACCGGUUCAGACAGCUUCAGACUGUAGUCAGAGGCACAAACACGAGACCGGCCCCCCCCACAUUAGCGGCACACGUAGAACACAGAACGCAGAAAGUCAGGGAACUCGGGGAACUCAGAGGACACAGGGAAUUCAGAGAGCCCAGAGAGCGAGACAGAGGUACGGUACUGGCUCAGUCACGCGCACACUCGCAGCGUUUCGUUGUUUCCACCGGCUCACCCGUCAAUUCGAAGUGGUAGUCCGUAUCACGCACAGUUGA